UUUUACGUUUCCUGUAGGUGUAGUGCUUGCUGUCAAGCCAAGAGACCUGGCUUGUGGAGUUAUAUCACAGUCUGAAGAUACUGCUUCUUUUAAUUUUCUGGCCAGAAAAGAAAUUGAGAGAAAUAGGGAGAAAUGACAGUUUCUCAGUGCUCGGUGACCUAUGACGAUGUAACAGUGAUAUUCACUCAAGAGGAGUGGGCACUAUUAAAUUCUUCAGAGAGGAAACUCUACAGAAAUGUGAUGUGUGAAAACUUUAGAAACAUUCUGUCAAUAGGACAGUUACAAGAGGAUCAUUCCAUCAAAGAGCAGUACAACUACCAAGGAAGUAAAAGUAAUAUAGUGGAAAUCUCUGAGGCCAAAGAACAAAGUCAAAAUGGUGGGAAACCUCAAGAAUGUGAAGUAUACAACAAAGAAUUGACUUAUUCCAGUCAGCUUAAAAAACAGAGAAGAAUUCCCAUUGGAAAGAAACCUUAUCAACGUAAACAUUGUAGGAAAACAUUCAGUCAAACUGGUGAUCUUCGGCGACAUGAAUGUAAACAGUGUAGGAAAACAUUCAGUUGUUCCAGUAAACUUCAGGCACAUGAAAGAACGCACAGUGGAGAGAAGCCCUAUGAAUGUAAACAGUGUAGGAAAACAUUCAGUGAAAGCGGUACUCUUCGGAAACAUCAAAGAAUACACAGUGGAGAGAAACCCUAUGAGUGUAAACAAUGUUCUAAAACAUUCAGUCGAUGCAGUUAUCUUCGGAGACAUGAAAGAACUCACAGUGGAGAGAAACCCUAUGAAUGUAAACAGUGUAGGAAAACAUUCAGUCACUCCGGUAAUCUUCGGACACAUGAAAGAACUCACAGUGGAGAGAAGCCCUAUGAAUGUAAACACUGUAGGAAAACAUUCAAUCGAUCCGGUCAUCUUCGGACACAUGAAAGAACUCACAGUGGAGAGAAACCCUAUGAAUGUAAACACUGUAGGAAAACAUUUAGUGAUAGCAGUGCUCUUCGGAAACAUGAAAGAAUGCACACGGGAGAGAAGCCCUAUGAAUGUAAACAGUGUAGUAAAACAUUCAGUCGAUCCAGUCAUCUACGGACACAUGAAAGAACUCACAGUGGAGAGAAACCCUAUGAAUGUCAACAAUGUAGGAAAACAUUCAGUGUUUCCAGUUCUCUUCGGAUACAUGAAAGAACGCACAGUGGAGAGAAGCCCUAUGAAUGUAAAAGGAUGUGGCCUUAGAAUUGUCUCAGGAGGGAAUCAGGUGGGUUAAGUACACGUGGCACAAAGCGCUAGGACCAGCUUAAGUAUCCUGGUUCCAGACCUCAGCUCCCCACAUGCAGAGGAGUCGCUUCAAAAGCUGUGAAGCAGAUCUGCAGGUGUCUUAUCUUUUUCUCCUUCUCUCAGUCUUCCCCUCCUCUCUCCAUUUCUCUUUGUCCUAUCCAACAAUAAUGACAUCAACAACAACGAUAAUAACUACAAUAAUAAACUACAAGGGCAACAAAAGGGAAAAUAAAUAAAUAUGAAAAAAAAGAAUUGUCUCAGGAAGAGUGAUAGUAUCUGGACCAGGCAAGAAAGAGCUUACACCCAUAGGAUGUUACAAAACUAUGGGGACCUGCUCUUCUUAGGUGAGGAGGUUUCAUAAGGAAUACUACUAUACAUUCAGCUUCAUACAGAUAUUUGGAAACUUUUGCAAAAAUUCAUUCAUAUUCCAAAGUAAAGAUAGUUUUUUUUUAAAUAAAAGUAUUGUGUUGCCCUUGUUUUUUAAUUGUUGUAGUUAUUAUUAUUGUUAUUGUUGGAUAGGACAGAGGAAAUGGACAGAGGAGGUGAAUACUUA